UCCAAAUUCCUCUGUUCUUUGACAUAUUCCUCAAAUUAUUCCUUCAAUAAAAACCUCUCACAUAUAUAUAUAAUAUAGCCCAAAUCUCCUUCUCAAAUCACCAAAAGAAAACAAAACAAAAUAAUAAUAUAAGUAGUAAUGGCGGAUCUUCACCGCCUCAUCGGGAGUAAUGACCAGCGCCAGCAGCCGCCGUCGAGCUCCGACAGCGGAAGCGAACACUUGGCUGAAGAAUGUCUCUCCGAGAUGGUGGUUGAUUUUCUUGAAGACUACGACGGUUGCCGGAGAAGUUGGCGGGAGGAUGAUUUUACAGACGGGGAGGCAAUGGAUGUUAUGGCGGGAGCGGAGGCCGAUUAUACGGAGGCGGUGGGGGAAAUUCGGAGAAUGGUGAGUGUGAACGGCGGGAAUGUGGAGGGUUAUAGAGAAGUGCUUGUGGAUAAUGUUCUGGAAGCGGCGGAAUUGGCAGCGGGUUCUUCGUCGGACGGAGUGGUAUCCCGACGGAGGUUGAUGUUGAUUCUGCGUGAGCUUCAUUAUAAUGCGGCGAUCUGUAAGACGAAAUGGGGAAGCUCUAGUGGUGUGGCCGCCGGGGACUAUGAGUUCGUGGACAUCAUCGUGAAUGGGAACAUCCGGUACUUGAUCGACACAAACUUUCGAGGACAAUUCGAGAUUGCAAGGGCCACAGUCCAAUACAAAGAGUUAUUAAAAUCAUUGCCUUUAAUUUUCAUCGGAACGAUAGAGGAGUUGAAGAAGAUGGUGAGGAUCAUGUGUGACGCUGCAAAGGUAUCACUAAAUCAUAGGAAUCUCUUAGUGCCUCCGUGGAGAAAACGCAUUUACAUGAAGAACAAAUGGUUGGGACCGUAUCGUCGAACUAUAAAUUCAGUUUGUGACAAGUCUCCAACGACGAUACUAGAUAAUUCAACUAGUUGGCCAGUCAAAUGUAGGUGGAUUGGCUUUGAUAUGACAAAUGUGGAGACAAACGUUAAUGCAUCUGUUUGUGUGAGAUCGAUUAAGGCAGGUUGAUAACGAUGAUAGAUUAAUCCUCUCAUGAACAUAAAAGGUAUGAAGUAAAUAUGAAGGUUUUGUUCUAGAAUUUUUGGUAAGGUGAGAGAUGUCAACCUCGAAGCUUCAAAGAUAUACAUGAUUUUAAGCGUAGUUGAGCUAUAUUGAGGUGUUUUAGUAGAAUUUUCUUUUUCUAAAAUUAGACGUGAAGAUUAUUGUACACAUACUUUUAGGAAUUGUAAAAAAUAAAGUACCUUGGAAACAUAUUGCUAUAGUAAAAAAAAUAGGGUUAAGAAUGUCGUGUAUCGA